GGUGCAGCAGGCUGGGCUCAGCAGUCGGUCGGUAUGUAGCAGCAGCGGAGCGUUUGCCGGGAUUACAACGAGGGAAAAACGCGCUUUGGAUAGAAAAUAACACCAGCGGGAUUAAAAAUAAAACCACCCGAGGAUGAGACGCACAUCGUCCGCCUGAAGGAGACUAAUAAACGCGCCGUUUUUCCGCUGAUUUAUCACCGUUUUGCACGAAAAUGGCGAACGAGUCCCCGGCCAAAAGUCUGGUGGAUAUCGACCUGGCAUCCCUGCGGGAUCCAGCUGGGAUUUUCGAGUUGGUAGAAGUGGUCGGAAAUGGCACCUAUGGACAAGUCUACAAGGGUCGACAUGUCAAGACGGGACAGCUGGCCGCCAUCAAGGUCAUGGACGUCACCGAGGACGAAGAGGAGGAAAUAAAGCUGGAAAUCAACAUGCUGAAGAAGUACUCCCACCACAGAAACAUAGCAACCUACUACGGAGCCUUCAUCAAGAAAAGUCCGCCGGGCCACGACGACCAGCUAUGGCUGGUGAUGGAGUUCUGCGGCGCCGGUUCUAUCACAGAUCUGGUGAAGAACACCAAAGGCAACACGCUGAAGGAGGACUGGAUCGCCUACAUCUCCCGAGAGAUCCUCAGGGGAUUAGCUCACCUGCACGCUCAUCACGUCAUCCAUCGUGACAUCAAGGGUCAGAACGUGCUGCUGACUGAGAACGCUGAAGUCAAACUGGUGGAUUUUGGUGUGAGUGCUCAGCUGGACCGGACGGUAGGUCGAAGGAACACCUUCAUCGGGACGCCAUAUUGGAUGGCUCCCGAGGUCAUCGCCUGUGAUGAAAACCCAGAUGCUACCUACGACUACAGGAGCGACCUGUGGUCCUGUGGAAUCACGGCCAUAGAGAUGGCUGAGGGAGCGCCACCUCUGUGUGACAUGCAUCCAAUGAGAGCCCUCUUCCUCAUCCCCAGAAACCCUCCUCCUCGACUCAAGUCCAAAAAAUGGUCGAAGAAGUUCUUCAGCUUCAUCGAGGGCUGCCUGGUGAAGAACUACACGCAGCGUCCUCCCACCGAGCAGCUGCUCAAACACCCGUUCAUCCGGGACCAGCCCAACGAGAGGCAGGUCCGCAUCCAGCUCAAAGACCACAUCGACCGGACCAAGAAGAAGAGGGGCGAGAAGGAUGAGACGGAGUAUGAAUACAGUGGCAGUGAAGAAGAGGAGGAAGAGUCGUCUGAGCAAGAAGGAGAGCCAAGCUCUAUAGUCAACGUGCCAGGCGAGUCGACUCUGCGUCGCGACUUCAUCCGGCUGCAGCAGGAGAACAAGGAGCGCUCGGAGGCGCUGCGUCGCCAGCAGCUCCUCCAGGAGCAACAGCUCCGUGAGCAGGAGGAGUACAAGCGCCAGCUACUGGCCGAGAGGCAGAAACGUAUCGAGCAGCAGAAGGAGCAGAGGAGACGGCUGGAGGAGCAACAACGGCGUGAGCGCGAGAUGAGGAGGCAGCAGGAGCGCGAGCAGCGCCGCCGUGAGCAGGAGGAGAAGAGACGUAUUGAGGAGAUGGAGCGACGCCGUAAAGAGGAGGAGGAGCGCAGGAGGGCGGAGGAGGAGAAGAGGAGGGCCGACCGAGAACAGGAGUACAUCCGUCGUCAGCUGGAGGAGGAGCAGAGGCACCUGGAGAUCCUGCAGCAGCAGCUGCUCCAUGAACAGGCCAUGCUGCUGGAGUAUAAGUGGCGGGAGCUCGAGGAGCAGCGCCAAGCCCAGAAGCUCCAGAGGCAGCUGCAGCAGGAGCAGGCCUACCUGCUGUCUCUCCAGCAGAACCAGAACCUGGACGGUAGCAAAACAGCCCAGCAGCAGAGCACCAAACCCUCUAAGAGCCUCGAACCGGACCGAACAAAGCUCCCGCAGAGCUCUGAGCCGGACCCAACAAAACAACAGCAGAGCGCUGACUCUGAAAAGACAAGUCAGAGUCACAGUCUGGAGAAAACUACAGAACCCAAGCUUCCUGUCGCUGACCUGCGAGGCCCCGCCCCUGACUCUGAGCCAAUCAGAGAGGCUGAUGAGCGAUACCGGAAGAACAUCCAAGGUUCUCCUCAGGCAGCUCAGACCAAACCACAGCAGCCUCCGGUGCCACCGCGCUCCGAGUCCUCCUACCCCAACGGGAACUCGGCAUCUGAGGCGCCCGCCAUGCACCGGCCUGUGGAGCCGCAGGUGCGUUCCCAUCUGGCUGCUUUAAAGAGCAGCGUCAGCGUGACCUCGUCAAACUCCACCACCACCACGCCACCCAUUGUGUCGCGGUCGCACUCCUUCAGCGAGCCGCUCGCCCCUAGCUUUGAAAACCUUCACCUUCGCAACAGCCAAGAACCCCACCAUCACCCUCCAUCUUCAUCACCAUCCUCCUCAUCAUCAACGCCUGCACGCACUGACCCACAACCACAUCCCCAGCAUAGACCCUCGCCCCACGAGCCGGCUCCUUCAGAGGAGGUGCCGCCCAGGGUUCCUGUAAGGACUACGUCAAGGUCCCCAGUGUUAACAAGGCGAGACUCGCCUCAUCACCACGGCAACACCUCACACAGCAGCCAUGCUGUGCACCGCACCCCUCCCAGUGCAGCGGAGCCGCGGUUGCUGUGGGAGCGAGUGGAGAAACUGGUUCCCAGACCGACCAGUAACACCGGCAGCGGAGGCUCCAGUUCCUCCAGCAGCUCCAGUAACUCCAGCUCUCAGCCUGGUUCUCACUGUGGCUCUGGGGAAAGAUUCAGGGCCCGCUCCUCCUCCAAAUCAGAGGGCUCGCCCCUCCAGCGGCCAGAGAAUGCUGGGAAAAAACCAGAGGAGAGAAGGGACUUGGUCAGGCCGAACAGACCAGCGGACCUGACGGCUCUGGCCAAGGAGCUGCGCGCAGUGGACGACGUUCGCCCCCCGAACAAGGUGACGGAUUAUUCAUCCUCCAGUGAAGACUCAGACACCACCGACGACGAUGACGACGAGGAGGUCGACCAGGAGGCAGGCGAGGAGUCGACUUCUGGCCCGGAGGACUCCAGAGCUGUCUCUUCCAGGCUGAGUAACGGAGAGACGGAGUCUGUGAAAACCAUGAUCGUUCAUGACGAAGGCGAGAGCGAUGCAGGCUCGACGCCCUGCAAAGACAGCACGCUGAUCGUCAGACAGAGCGCAGGUGACAGAAAGCGUCCGAGCCCCGGCCCGGCUCAGGCUCAAACGCCCGGCCUGCUCGCGGGCUUUGCCCCGAGUCCCGGCUCGGUGUCGGGCCCGGGCCUCGUUCACCACACCCCCAGCCCCCACCAUCAUCAUCACCACCACCACCAUCACCCCACACAGCACUUGGACAGGAACGGCUUUGCCGGCCGCAUCCACCACCUCCCAGACCUGAUCCAGCAGAGCCACCAUUCCUCCCCCUCCUCCUCUGCAUCCAACUCCCCCUCCUCCUCCAGCCUCGCCAGCCCCUCCACCAUGUCCCCCCAGAGUCCCCUGGACAAGCUCAGCAUCCUCAUAGAGAGCCAGUCUAGUAACAACAUGCAGAAACACAAGUCCUCUUCCUCCUUCACUCCGUUCAUCGACCCACGCCUCCUCCAAGUCUCUCCAUCCACCGGCAGCGCUCUCAACAACGUCGGCUACGGGAACGACGCCCGGCUGGCGGAGGCGCUGAGGGCCGACCCGUCUCGGAAGGGCUCCGUGGUCAACGUCAACCCGGUCAACACUCGCCCGCAGAGCGACACGCCAGAGAUCCGCAAAUACAAGAAGAGGUUCAACUCUGAGAUCCUGUGUGCUGCACUCUGGGGAGUGAACCUGUUGGUGGGAACAGAGAGCGGUCUGAUGCUGUUGGAUCGCAGCGGUCAGGGGAAAGUUUAUCCUCUGAUUAACCGGAGGCGCUUCCAGCAGAUGGACGUCCUGGAGGGACUCAACGUCCUGGUCACUAUAUCGGGUAAGAAGAACAAGCUGCGCGUGUACUACCUGUCCUGGCUGAGGAACAAGAUCCUGCACAACGACCCUGAGGUGGAGAAGAAGCAGGGCUGGACCACCGUGGGAGACCUGGAGGGCUGCGUCCACUAUAAAGUCGUCAAAUACGAGAGGAUCAAAUUCUUGGUUCUGGCUCUGAAGAACUCAGUGGAGGUCUACGCCUGGGCGCCCAAACCGUACCACAAGUUCAUGGCCUUCAAGUCUUUCGGUGACCUGGUGCACAAGCCCCUGCUGGUCGACCUGACGGUGGAGGAAGGUCAGAGGUUAAAGGUCAUUUACGGCUCAUGUUCAGGCUUCCAUGCCGUGGACGUCGACUCCGGGGCCGUCUACGACAUCUACCUGCCUACACACAUCCAGACCAGCAUCCAGUCUCACGCCAUCAUCAUCCUGCCCAACACUGACGGCAUCGAGCUGCUGGUGUGCUACGAGGACGAGGGCGUUUACGUCAACACCUAUGGACGCAUCACCAAGGAUGUAGUGCUGCAGUGGGGGGAGAUGCCAACCUCAGUGGCCUACAUUCGUUCCAACCAGAUCAUGGGCUGGGGAGAGAAGGCCAUAGAGAUCCGCUCGGUGGAGACCGGCCAUCUGGACGGCGUCUUCAUGCACAAGAGAGCCCAGAGACUCAAGUUCCUCUGUGAAAGAAAUGACAAGGUGUUCUUCGCCUCCGUUCGGUCCGGUGGCUCCAGCCAGGUCUACUUCAUGACUCUGGGUCGCAGCAACCUGCUCAGCUGGUAGAGGUCGACGCUCUGCCCUCUUCCUCCUCCUUCUCCUCAUCCUCCUCAUUGUCCUCCACCCUCGCUAACACUGGAUCUCAGAACCCACCGUCGAUGUCUCGUCAGCCCUCGGACAACCAAAAGCUAACAAAAUCAGCAACCAACCAGCCCUUCGAAGCGGCGAUGGCUUCUUCACCUUUUCCUCCGGAGCUGCAGCCUUGCUUUGCGUCAGAGCUCUGGGGAGCUGCCUGCGACGUGGCGGCGAGUCGUCGCCCCCUGAAACACAUGAAGCGAUGAAAUUAAUUAAUACGUGAAAAGGAAGUAAAUUAAAUGUGAAUCAAGACAAAGGGGGCAAACUUCUCUUUGUUCCCCUCUCAGUUUUCUUGGUGCUCAUCAGAUUGCGAUGGGAUUGAUCUUUGUACCUCUGCGUCAUUUUUCCGUGCUCCUGGGCUGGUCAGUAAGCUUGAGGUCUUCUAACUACUCGUACUGCUACCACUAUUAUUACUACUACUGCUACUACCUUCUGCUGGUCUGCCUCUCGUAAGAGGGUCCCCCCUCUGCCCCGUGUUCCCGCCCGCCGCCCUUUUUUACGAGCGUUACAUGGGGCCGGCGGAGCAGGAGUCUGUUGUAUUAAUGCUACAGUAGUGUGUGUAAAUGUACUUCUGUUUGGUCCAAUUACUGCUGACGUGCUGGUUAGAGGUCGAGACUGACAGCCGGGGGGGGUGUGUGAAAACCACGGAGCCGGAGGGACAAGCAGGCGAGAGGCGCCUCGAUAUUUAAGGUUCUACUGUAAGUCUGAUUGAUGGGACUCGACAGGUGGGCGUGUGUGUGUCAUUGAAGUAUUGUGUUGUUUGGACAGGUGCUGUUAAAAAAAGGGGGACGAGAGAGAGAAAAAGAGAGAAGCAGAUGGAUUUCAGAAUAGUAUUUUUUGAAUUAUUACUAUUAUUAUUAUUAUUCCUUGAAGAUAAGUGUAACUAUGUGGAGUGUCUUUUACCUUGUUUUUUAAGAUUUACGCACAUCCACCCACAGUUUGCUUGCUUUUACUCUGAACCCACAGGAGGUGUGUUUGUCUGAGGGGAAAGUGAUGUGGGUGUGGUCCAAAAAAAUUAAGAUUAAAGGUGUCUAUGUACAAUAAAAAGUUCAUUGAAUCUUCCAGAUAGUGUCAGUGGUCCUGUUUUUCCUACACCAUCUCGGGGUAGGAAGGUCAGCCAUCUCUCCACAAGAGAACUGCUGUGAAUAGUCAGAUAUUAAAAAAAAGAUCAAAUAACGGAGCGAUAAAGUCGAGGAGAAAGUUUAGUAUGUGUGUCGGAGAGUUAAGUGUCAUCGACGAAUUUCGUGGCAGAGGUAAACGCAUGGUCAGCAGGAGUUUUUCCCUCCCUAUCUUCCGUUUCAAAUCAUUUUUUCAUUUGUAUCAUUUGUAUGAAUGCAAUGCACUAAGUGUCAAGAAUGUAGAAAGACUUAUUACUGUGUGGUGGUCCAAGGCAUGAGAUGAUGUUUUUACUUUGUAUCUUGUCAAGUGAUCAAUCCUAGGUGUUUAAUUUUUCGAGUUAAUACGAUUGAAAGCUGCAGCAGCGGAGCCUCUACGUCGGGUGUAGAUAUUUUCCGGGGGGGUGGCGGCAUUCUGUAUUUCGCAACCUUCCCACAGCUGUGAGACUCUGUGCAGAAGCUCAGAGUGCGUCACAGCUGAGGAGAGUUUUUCUGGCGCUCUUUCCCAUCAAACCUUACGACGCUCAGACUCUGGAUUUUAGUGUUCCUGUCACAAAACGAGCAACACGGAGCAGAACUUUUUCCUCACUCGGCUGAAAAUAACUGAAGACGGAAACCCACUUUUUUCGGGAAAGAGUUGUUUUCUCUAAUCUGCGCCCCCCCUCACACUUCCUGCUACGGCUGUUAUAUUUAAGUUGUCUGUAUAUGUGAAAGACUGGGCAGCAAACUGCAGCAUCGAUCACCUGAGCUGGAUUUUCCUCCGUUUCCACAGCGACUCUGAAAGAUUGCACAUUGAUUAAAAAAGGGGGACAAAGGAGUCUGAUUUGUGCUCUUCGCUUCGUGUCCAAACAUGUCAGGUCACAAACAAGUUCACCUUGAGUGUGUUUCCCCCCUGACGAUAACAAUCACACACGUGGGCCGUGUUUUUGACAUGUUAAAGGUUACUGUCGGUCAUUCGGUAACACUUUCUGUCACAAACUCUUUCCUCCCCUUUUACAGAGAAGCUGUUCGGACCCCCAAAUGCCGUGUCGUCUGAGGUCUGUGUGUGCAGUAGUACCCAGUGUGUGUCUCUAAUUGCAUCAAGGCCUUGAUGAGUGGCUGUACUGACUUCAUGAAAACAUUGUGGUUAUUAUUGAUAUUCUUAAUGGGCUAAAAAAGGACGAGAGAUGAAUCGAUAUCUGAUGAGAAAAAGCGGUCGCUCGACGACUCACAUUGGAAAAAGUGCCAAGAGGGCAGCAUUUAAAAACGUGUAAACCUAUUGUUAUGAAAACCACUACUUGGAAAUCCUUUAAAAAAAUAAAAAAAAUCACUUGAA